CUCUGAUUCGUCGCUGCGUGGUGACGUAGGAGUUGCGUCACUGAAUGAGGACAGCACCGUUUCUUGGCUAGUUCUCUAGUUGACCUUGCUGCUUCGCGUUGACCGCCAGCAACACAGCGCUCAGCAGAAAUACAUGACUUCCCUGAGUUUACCUGACAUGCCGCAGCUGUCAGUCGCGUCCGCGCCUGUUGUGGCCGGCUCAGGUUUCAGGUUAAGCAAAGAGCAUUUUCUGGUGGCUCUGCCGGUGGCUGUGGUCGCGGCAGCGGGAGGCUUUUUCCUCAGCCAAUACCUGAACAAGCGGAGCAGCAAGAAGGGCCAAGUCAACACGUUCAUCAGCAAAGACAGCCCGAAAGUCGUCCACUGCUUCGACAUGGAGGACAUCGGCUCCAAAGCUGUGUACUGCCGCUGCUGGAAGUCAAAGAAGUUCCCGCUCUGCGACGGUUCCCACGCAGCCCACAACGAGCAAACUGGAGACAACGUUGGACCUCUAAUCAUCAAAAAGAAGGACCCUUGAACCCGCCCACGGAUAGGAGGAGCCCCUGGUGGUCCCCGUCGGUGGCCCAUUUCAUGUUUGUGCAGCAGGGCACCAGGACGACGCUGAUGCUGCCCGAACGACCCGCCCCGCCGAUAAUCGUCGUGAUUUUUAAGCUCCCAAACUAAUCGAAGACUCUGAGGCCGGCUCCGUCACGUCUUCAGCGUGUCGUCUGCGUGUUGUUGGCUGGCCUUUGUGCGGAGCAGGUGGUGGAAACGUGAAACCCGCAGACCCGUCAGCCUUAUAUGUAAAUCUGCUUCUAAACCCAUCUGAAUGUUUGGAAUGAGUUCCUCUCAGCAGCAUCGUCAUACCACCUUAAAACACCGGUCUGUGAGAAUUGUCAGAGGAACUCAAAGGUUAGAUUUAGCUUCUUGGGUGUUUUUUUUCUACUUGCUGCCGUUUGUUUCAACUUGUCUUAAUAAAAAGAAUUGAGCUCUGAA